UUUCUCUCUGACUCAGCUUUCACUAUUUCAGGCUCUCUCUCUCUUGCGUGUCGUUUUCAUUUCAACCUCUGCCUUCUUUUCCAUUAUUUUUCACCCUUGUUUCCAUCUUCUUUCCGCUGACUUCUCGGGUAAAUCGGUACUAGAUCUCUGUGGUCUAUUGCCGGAAUUUUCGUUCGGAUUCCGGCGACCCCAGUCUUCGAUCCUAUUUUCUCUUCAAUCCAGAAUGAAUCCCGAGUAUGACUAUCUGUUCAAACUUUUGCUUAUUGGAGAUUCUGGUGUUGGAAAGUCUUGUCUCCUUUUGAGAUUUGCUGAUGAUUCAUACAUAGAUAGUUACAUAAGCACCAUUGGGGUAGAUUUUAAAAUACGCACUGUGGAGCAGGAUGGGAAGACCAUUAAACUUCAAAUUUGGGACACUGCUGGACAAGAACGAUUUAGGACAAUCACUAGCAGCUACUACCGUGGGGCUCAUGGCAUAAUUGUUGUUUAUGAUGUGACAGACCAAGAAAGCUUCAACAAUGUCAAGCAGUGGCUGAAUGAAAUUGAUCGUUAUGCUAGUGAUAAUGUUAACAAACUACUGGUUGGAAACAAGUGUGAUCUUACAGAAAACAAAGUCGUGUCAUACGAGACCGCUAAGGCAUUUGCAGAUGAAGUCGGCAUACCUUUUAUGGAAACCAGCGCAAAAGAUUCCAUGAACGUGGAACAAGCCUUCAUGGCCAUGGCUGCUUCCAUCAAGGAUAGAAUGGCGAGCCAACCGGCCAUGAACAAUGCAAGGCCUCCGACCGUACAGAUCCAAGGACAGCCUGUUGCACAAAAGAGCGGCUGCUGCUCUUCUUAAAAAGAAAAAGGAAAAAAAGAGUCAAUUAUGUGUUUAGAUUUUACAUGUUUCUUAAGUCAUCAAUUGCAAACUUAUUUCUUAUGGAUCAAAACCUCAUUCAGAGGAUCUCAUUCAUUUCUACACAAAUGCUAAUGUGAAGGGUUGUACAACAUAUGAUGGUUGGUUAAAUUAUACGGUAUCUGUUGGCUAUACUUUACGUGCUAAAAA